CAAUAGCAAAAGAGUAGUGGCUUAUCCAUGGAUAUGGAUGAUGGUGGUGCUGUCGUGCUGUGGAUCGCUCACUCCCUUCCGGAACGGAUCCUUUCUCCUCUGCGUUCUUGUCUCCUGCUCUAGCAUUGAAGUGGUCUCUGGCAAAUAGCAGCAUUUGGGGGCCGGCCGGCGUUGGGGAAUGGCAGCCACACUCUGCUUCCUUCAACUCCCUCUGCUUCCUCCUGCACCAAACCACCACCACCACCACCACCGACCAUCCUCCUCCUUGAGAUUCACCCUCACAGCCACCGACCCAAUUACCACUACUUCUACUACUAAUACAACAUCGCAACUCUCUCAACAACAACAUUCCCCGCAAAAACUCCUGCAUCAAACUGUUCUUUCUACUUUAAAAUCAGCUGCCCUUCCUCUCCUCCCACUUGCAUUCCCUUUCUUUCUUGACCUCAAGGAUGCAGUUGCAGUUGACGGGAACUUUGGACUUCUUGAAGGCAGGACAAUGGCUCUCGUUCAUCCCCUUGUCAUGGCUAGUUUGUUUCUUUACACCUUAUACGCCGGUUAUCUUGGCUGGCAAUGGCGCCGAGUCCGCACCAUACAAACUGAGAUUAACGAGCUCAAGAAGCAAGUGCAGCAGGUUCCAGUCUCCCCGGCUGGCACCCCUCCUCCUCAACCCCCGCAGCCGUCCCCUGUUGAGCUCCAAAUUCAGCAACUCACCGAGGAAAGGAAGCAGUUGAUUAAAGGCCAAUACAGGGAUAAGCACUACGAUGCCGGUUCCCUUCUACUCGGAUUUGGGGUGUUUGGGUCGGUUUUUGGAGCAGUCAACACCUGGUUUCGGACUGGAAAGCUAUUUCCGGGACCCCAUUUAUUUGCAGGGGCAGGGAUAACUGUGCUAUGGGCAGCAGCUGCAUCCCUUGUACCUGCAAUGCAGAAGGGGAACGAAACUGCCAGAAAUCUUCAUAUUGCGCUCAACUCCCUAAAUGUUAUCCUCUUCAUUUGGCAGAUUCCCACUGGAAUUGACAUUCUCUUCAGAGCGGUUGAGUUCACCAACUGGCCUUGAACUAUUUGGUCUUGCUGAGUUAUAUCUAGCACCAUCUAGUAUCACAACUUAUAUGCCCAUAUAAUCUAAUGUUAUUCCAAUUCAGGUAUGUUGACGUUAUUAGGAGUGAAGUCUUCUAGUAGUAUAUGAUUCGGUCUGUAAAAAUGAAUGCUUCGAGUUGGGAUUUUGCUUCUCAGUAAGUGUCAUCCUUUGAACUGGAUGCAUAGUGUAAAUCAAGCAAUCAGUUUGUCAUCUCAAGCUCCAACUGUUUGAUUGAACUAGUCUUGCUCUCUUAUCGACUGGAGGAGUCCUCCAACUCUCAUCCAGUUUGACUCACUUGGUGUUUCCUUUAUUGGAAUACAUGUUAUCAAAGGAAAGCUGGUAUGAUUUUGUAGUUA